AUGCAGAAUCGACAAAGGAGCGCGGCGGCGCUUUUCCUCUUGCCCGCCCUCGCAGCGGCCGCCCAGUUCUCCAACUCCACCAUCCAAGGGUGUCUCGACCUAGACUGCCCUAGGACGUCGCCGGGCAAGGAUGAGGUCAAGUCCGACUCGCAAGCCUGGUGCGCCAUGAGCGUGGGCGUGGCCGACGCCGCCUUCGCGGAGGACGUCAUCUCGGUGCCCGGAUCGCAGAGAAAGCUCUCGCUCGGCUUGACGCGCACCCAGGGGGUAGGGGUGCUGGAUUCGCUGCACCUCUCGUACAACUACGAAUUCUGGCUCGUCCAACCCGAGGGCUUCAAUCUUACCACCGGAGAGGAAGACGGCGGCGACAGCGAAAACGAUAGCGGGAGCAGUGGCAACAACAACAACAACAGCACCGACGGCAACCCGGAUGUGUGCGGCAACGGCGCUGCCAACUCGACGGAUUGCGUGGGCACCGUGUUAACCGAGACGUGCAUGAAGGAUAUCGAUGACUUCCUCCAAGACGUCGACGUGGGCAGCGACACCGCCGCCAAUUCGACACGCUGCGAGGCCAUCGCGCAGCAACUCGAAGUCAAGCUCCAUCGUAGCUCGUGCGGCAUCCAGGUGCACACGCCCCUCAUCACCGUCACCGGCGUAUCCCUGCUCGGCAAGGACGCGCCGCAGGAGAGCGACCAAAGCGCCACGCGAGCGGACGACGACAACUUUUGCUUCGCGAACCAGGCUCGUGCUGGGACGUUUAUCUCCCUCGACACCCUGACUGUCGUGACGCCCAUCGACACCUCGGACGAGGAAACCCCCAAGAUUCCGCCUCGCGAGGUGGGCGGAUACCUUCCCUUGAUUACGCUCCCGCUGGAUGAUGAGGGUCGUGCGUCGGCCGAGGCCUCGUUUAUUUGUAUGAAGACGUUGGAUCAGAUUUACUGGACCGAGUCUGCUGGCGUGCGUAGUGUUGUGCAGACGAUGCGUGUUGUGGCUGUGGCGGCUGUGGUAUCCGCGGGGUUGAUCUUUAUGUAG